AUGGAAACGACGGAUUUAGUAAAGACUCUACUAAAGUCUGAAGAGGAUUGCCGUGCACUUCGAGAGGAGUUGGCCACACUCGAAAAAACGCGGCGUCUUAAAGAGCGUGGUGAGAUGAGUAUCAGCGAUGAUGCCAUCAACAGCUCAGCCAUUUCAAAAAGCAGCAAGUCUCGCACAUUGACUCUUCCUAUUGAGGCCGUAGGCGACCUCAAUUCCAAGGCUGGUGAACUCUCAUUGGUUGUGAAGAACCACAAAAAACUCUUACGGGAAAGGAAACAGCUUGAGAAUAUCUUGGAAGGUUCUAUUGAACAAACUGCUGAGGCAAAGGAGGAGAAUGAAGCACUGAAAAAUACCAUUGGAUUCUCUGAAGGUGCCACUUUGGCAAAUCUACGAGACGCUACAGAUGCCAUCGCGGCAAAAAAUAAGUUGAAACAUGAUAUUUUAAACGCCCUCUCAGAUCGUGAAGUUAUCAAACUCACUCUUAAACGUCAAACAGAGAAUAUAAAGAGUUUGACAGAAGAAUUGCUGGCUUCUAAAAGUUGGGAAGAGCAGCGUGCAGAUGCAGCUGAACAGCUUGAAAAUAAAAAGACUGAGUUAAACAAACUUCGUGAAGAGGUUCAAUCGAUGCAACGUCUGUUGGGGCGAAAAGACAAACAAUUGGAUAAUAAAAAACCAGUUGAUGAGUUAGCCCUUGCAAAGAGUGCUGAAAAUGAUCGCCGUGUUGUGCUUCAUAAACUAGAUAAGGAGCAGGAAUAUGUACGUUUGAACGAUAUGGCGAUUCGUCACCGAGCCCUUCAAAUCGCAAAACUUGAAAAACGCAUCGAAAUGAUAGGUGAUGCUGUUGGCGGUAAAGAUUCUGAUGAUGAUGAUGAACGCGUUGAUAUUGAAUUACUUGAACAACUACGAAAAGAAAUUCUCUCUUUGGGUCGUCUUCACAUAGAGGCUAAUGCUCGCCUCGAGGCACUUGAUGCAGAUGUUGCUGACCUCGAUCGAAGAUCCACCGGACUUGUGCGUACUACGGCGAAUGUGCGAAAAGAGAUGAGUCGUAUUGAAAGGGAGCACCGAAAGUUUGUGAAUGCCCAAAAGAAAGAGGUUGAAGUGGAGCAGGCCGCAGUGGAUUAUGAGAUCAAACUAAUUGAAAAGGAAAUAGAAAUGCUUCGUCAAGUCAAUUCUCGAAAUGGGCAACGAGUGGUGCGACAAUAA